AUGCCCGGGAAGCGUAAAUCUAAUUUAUCUAAUAAAUCGAAACAUGCUCGAACUAAUAAAGUAGCUAGGAGUCAAGAAACUUCUCUUCAAGUGGAAUUGAGAAAGCUGGAACAGGCUGCACGUCAAGCUUCUUUCAGAGCAGCUCAAACAUCGGAACAGGCGGAAAAUAGUCGUAGACAACAUGCUGUUUAUUUAGCAUCACGUCGAGCUAAUGAGACGCCUAACGAAACUGCAACUCGGCGCGUGGAACAGGCUGAGCAACAAGCUAGCCUGCGUAUGUCUGAGACGCCAGAGCAAUCGCAGUCUCGGCGUGAACAGCACGCUGUUUAUUUAGCAUCACGUCGAGCUAAUGAGACGCCUAAUGAAACUGCAGCUCGGCGCGUGGAACAGGCUGAGCAACAAGCUAGCCUGCGUAUGUCUGAGACACCGGAGCAAUCGCAGUCUCGGCGUGAACAGCACGCUGUUUAUUUAGCAUCACGUCGAGCUAAUGAGACGCCUAACGAAACUGCAGCUCGGCGCGUGGAACAAGCUAAGCAACAAGCUAACCUGCGUAUGUCUGAGACGCCGGAGCAAUCGCAGUCUCGGCGUGAACAGCACGCUGUUUAUUUGGCUUCGCAACGCGCGUCCGAGUCUUCACAUCAUAGGGAAACGCGACUCACACAGCAGGCUGAACGACAAGCUAGCUUGCGUAUGUCUGAGACGUCGGAGCAAUCGCAGUCGCGGCGUGAACAGCACGCUGUUUAUUUGGCUUCGCAACGCGCGUCUGAGUCUUCACAUCAUAGGGAAACGCGACUCACAGAACAGGCUGAGCGACAAGCUAGCCUGCGUAUGUCCGAAACGCUGGAGCAGAUGCAGUCUCGGCUCCAAUGGCAAACUGCUUAUGACAUUUCACAGCGGGCAGCCGAGACUCUAGAAGCGGCAGAAGCUCGUAGACGUGCUGUAGCUGAAAGAGUGGCGCAGCGGCGACAGAUAUUUAACAGAAAUACAUGGGGUGUUUUCGAACGCGCCGCAUUUGAGUACGACAGUAGUCUCAAAUACGACACCCAUAAACUAAUUAAAAUGGAAAGAUUGGUUAAACAGUGCCAAUUUUGUAACGCCUUGAAAUGGAAAGAAGAAGCAGCUGGUAUGUGUUGUUCUGGAGGGAAAGUAGUUAUCUCACUAUUGGAGGAGCCUGUACAACCACUGAAGGAUCUAUUUUUAGGCAAUUCUGACGAAUCACGUCAUUUUAUUCUUAAUAUUAGAAAAUAUAACGGAUGUUUCCACAUGACGUCAUUUGGUGCAGAUACAGUUGUUUCAAUGCCAGGAUUUUCACCAACUUUCACUGGGCAGGGGCAGGUCUAUCACAGAAUUGGGCCUCUGUCAUCGACUACAGCAAACAACACACAGUUCUUACAAGUUUAUUUUAUAGGCGAUGAGGAGGCGCAAGUUGACAGACGCACAAGAAUUAUACAGGGAGUGCGAAGAGAUACAGUUAACAAAAUUCAGCGGGUGCUCAACAGCAAUAAUAUUUUGAUACAUGAGUUCAAGAUGGCUCUCGAGAACAUGCAUGAUGAAAGUUACAAGGUGGUGAUUCAUCCAGACCGGGUGCCGCGCGGACAGCACGAGCGGCGCUACAAUGCGCCAACCACUAACGAGGUGGCGGCCGUGGUGGCGGGUAGCGAGAAUACUGCCGGUAGAGAUAUCGUUUUGCGAGCUCGCGAUGGUCAGCUCUCCCGCGUUGCUGAUACGCACAGAUUCUACGACGCUCUUCAAUACCCCAUCAUGUUCUGGAAAGGUCAAGAGGGGUACCAUUUCGAAAUACCCCAAGUGAAUCCAGAAACAAGGCGUCCUGUGCCCAACAAAAAAGUGUCCUGUAUGGAUUUUUACUCUUACCAGCUUAUGGUGCGUGAAAAUAAUUUUAAUUUGCUUUUGCGUUGCCGACAACUACUACACCAGUUUCUCGUAGAUAUUUACGUUAAGAUUGAAAGUGAGCGCUUAAGAUACAUAUCUUUGAAUCAAAGCAAGCUGCGAGCGGAGAGUUAUAUUCAUUUACAGGAUGCUGUGAGGAAUGAUGCGCACGUGGACGCUAACAAUAUUGGCCAAAGGGUCAUUUUGCCCUCGUCGGUUGUCAACAGCCCUAGGUACUUACAUGAGUACACACAAGACGCAUUUGCGUAUGUCCGUAACUAUGGCCGUCCGGAUCUUUUUAUCACGUUUACGUGUAACCCUACUUGGCAAGAAAUAACUGACGAACUUAUGCCUGGUCAAAAAACUACCGAUCGUCAUGACUUGAUUGCACGAGUGUUUAAAAUUAAAGUCCAGAAGUUGGUUGCGCUGCUCACGAAGGGUCAGAUAUUUGGCGAAUCUCAGUGUUUUAUGUACUCCAUAGAGUGGCAAAAGCGAGGUUUACCACAUGUACAUAUUUUAUUGUGGCUAAAAUUAAAAUUGCAACCCUCUCAAAUUGACGAUAUUAUUAGCGCAGAGAUUCCAAAUGCCAGUGUAGACCCUACGUUACAUGACAUUGUCACCAAGAAUAUGAUACAUGGGCCAUGCGGAGCUUAUAAUAUGUCGUCACCGUGUAUGAAAGACGGGAAAUGCACGAAAAAAUACCCUAGAACCUUAUUGAAAGAUACACUGACAAGCGAAAACGGAUAUCCACAGUAUAGGCGACGAUCGCCCGAAGAUGGGGGACGCACGGUCACUAUUAAACUUCGCGGUGGUGAUCAGGAAGUCGUGGUGGACAAUAGGUGGGUCGUGCCUUUUAGUCCCAUUCUUUCCAAGAUUUUUAAAGCUCAUAUAAACAUAGAGUUCUGCGGUUCAGUACAGGCAAUUAAGUAUAUUUGUAAAUAUAUAAACAAAGGGAGCGAUCAGGCUAUAUUCAAUGUUCGGGAAGCUGGUGACGUCAAUAUUGACCCCAGAGAUGAGGUACAAACGUUCAGAACGGGACGAUAUGUAAGUAGCAAUGAAGCUGCUUGGCGUAUUUUCGGCCUACCUUUACAUGAGCGACACCCUACUGUUACACAUUUAGCAGUGCAUCUACCCAAUGGCGAGCGCGUUUACUUUACCGAGCACAAUUUGCGGGAUCGAGUGACAACACCCCCAAAAACAACACUGACUGCAUUUUUCCAACUGUGUGAAAAUGACGAUUUUGCUAAGACUCUACUUUAUGUUGAAGUGCCUCGGUAUUUUACAUGGAAUUCAUCUCGGAAAGAGUGGAAGCGCCGUGCGCAGGGAACACCCGUCCCAAAUUGGCCAGGAGUAAAGGCCGGAGAUGCACUUGGUCGGAUAUACACCGUGCACGUAAACAAUUUUGAAUGCUUUUGUUUACGUAUGCUGUUAAAUCAAGUGCGUGGCCCAACGAGCUUUAAAACACUAAAAACAGUAGAAGGUUAUGAGCGGGUGACAUUCAGGGAAGCGUGCGAAAUGCUUGGAUUAUUGGAAGACGACAAACACUGGGACGAAACAAUGGCAGAAGCCGUUCUUUGCCGCUCCUCAUCAAAAGUAAGGGAUUUGUUUGCCGUUUUGGUAGGUACUUGUGGGAUAUCUAACCCUGUCCAACUGUGGGAAAACUAUAAAGAAGCAAUGUUUGAAGAUAUUUUGCAUAGGCUACAACCACACAUACCCAUAGACGCAGUAAGAAACGAAGCUUUAAUUAUUAUCGAAGAUAAAAUGAUAUCGAUAUCGGGCAAAAAGCUGUCUGAUUUUGGUUUGCCAUCACCCCAUAGAAGAGGAGCACUGUCAAGUGAUAUUGUGAGAGAGCUGAACUACGACACCAUAGUUUUGGAGAGUUAUGUGAAUGAAAUGGCGCCUCAAUUACUUCCCGACCAACAGCACGUUUACAACACCAUCCUGCAAUGCGUAAACAGUGCAGAAGGGAGACUUUUUUUCCUCGACGCACCCGGGGGCACCGGUAAAACGUUCUUGCUGAAUUUAUUGCUUGCUCGCAUUCGUCAAGACCGUAACAUAGCCCUGGCUGUGGCAUCAUCGGGGAUUGCAGCAACUUUGCUAACUGGUGGACGGACUGCUCAUUCGGUAUUUAAACUACCUCUGAAUCUUGCAAGUCAAGAAAACCCAACGUGCAACAUUAGCAAAAGCAGCGACCGCGGUGCCCUUUUGCAACAAUGUAAAUUAAUCGUGUGGGACGAGUGCACAAUGUCUCAUAAGCGCGCGGUUGAGGCUUUGAACCGGAGCCUGCAGGACAUCCGCAACAAUGAGACGCUGAUGGGAGGUGCUGUUGUUGUACUCGCUGGUGAUUUUCGGCAAACUCUUCCAGUUAUCGAAAGGGGUACACCAGCAGAUGAAAUGAACGCGUGUCUCAAGGCUUCGUCACUUUGGUCCCGCGUAGAAAAACUCCACCUUACUCGGAAUAUGCGUGCACAACUUUACAAUGAUACAGAGUCAGGUGCGUUUGCGAGUAAGCUGCUCGAGAUCGGAGAUGGUAGGCUGAAAACCGAUCCGGAGGGCAAAAUCAUUUUCACCAAUGAAUUUUGUCAUCCAGUAGCUACCGAGGAAGAACUACUCGCCAAUGUAUUUCCUGAUUUAAAAAACAAAUUAAAUAAUGAGGAGUGGUUGUGUGAGAGAGCAGUACUGUCGCCAAAAAAUGAAUUAGUGAAUAAAAUAAACAACAAGGUAUUAGAUGUAGUAGAUGGCGCAUCGAGGGUGUACACGUCCAUAGACACGGUGAUGGCAAGCGAUGACAGCACUGCGUAUCCCGUGGAGUUUCUCAACUCAUUAGAAUUGACGGGCAUACCGCCCCACAAGCUGGAGCUGAAGGUUGGCGUCCCAGUUUUGUUGAUGCGUAAUCUUGACGCCCCGCGAUUGUGCAACGGCACAAGAUUACAAAUUAGCGAACUGGGAAGAAACAUUGUGCGAGCAACAAUACUUACCGGAGCAGCUAAAGGCGAGAGCGUGUUGAUUCCCCGCAUACCCAUUAUACCCCACAAUUUGCCAUUCCAGUUCAAAAGGCUGCAGUUCCCAUUGAAAUUGGCAUUUGCCAUGACCAUCAACAAGUCCCAGGGACAAACCCUAAAAGUGGCCGGCAUACAUUUGGGCAUUCCCUGCUUUUCCCAUGGCCAACUCUAUGUGGCAUGUUCUCGAGUGUCAAGUGCAAGGAACCUGUAUGUACUUGCUGCAAAUAAUAGAUCAUACAACAUCGUAUAUAGAUCAAUAUUAUAA